GGUCUGUGAAGCGCUCGCGCUGGGUGUUUGUGGGCGGUGUCGACUUCCGCCGUCAUGAGAUGAUCUCCGUGAACAUGACUGGAUCCGCGAGGCUUUAGAGAUGUCGUUAUCAGCGUGAGGAGCAGCACGUCGGCGGCAUGAAGACAGCGCUCGUCUUGAGCUGUGUGCUGUUCAUCGCCCGAGCAGAAGAUUCCCAGAAGCCCGCGCAGUACCUGCGCAUCGGUGACGGCUCCUCGCAGGAGUUUGAGUUCCCUCAGAACACGCGCGGCGUGAUUGUCAUCUCCAGCCGCUACGGCGGCCCCGGGGCCCGCAGGGGCCGCCAGAGCCUCAAGCAGACCCUUCGGGUGAGUUCUCUGGAGCCGGAUGUCAUCUCCAUCCUCAACGUGAGCGACGGCGGAGCCGCCAGCAGCUACGUCAUCAGCAUCCGCUCGGGCGUGCCAGGCACGGCCCCUCUCCUCAUCCAGCUGAUGGACCUGGCCCGGGGCCCGGAGCCGCUGCUGAUCGAAGAGCGCCGGGAGUACUCCAUCCGAGUGGCGGCGGGCGGGGACGACCCCUUGGGCCUGUCGCACUUCUCGGAGAACCCGGUGCUGUUCGCCUUGCUGCCGCUCAUCUUCGUCAACAAGUGCGCCUUCGGCUGCAAGGUGGAGGUGGAGGUGCUGCGGGGCCUGCUGCGGAGCCCGGGGCCGCUGCUGCUGGGCGCCUUGGGCCAGUUCCUCGUCAUGCCGCUGUACGCGUUCGGCCUGUCUCGGCUGGCGGCGCUGCCCAAGCCGCUGGCCCUGGGGCUGGUCAUCACCUGCUCGGCCCCUGGCGGCGGCGGGGGCUACCUCUACAGCCUGCUGCUGGGCGGAGACGUCACCCUGGCCAUCAGCAUGACUCUGGUUUCCACCGUGGUGGCGGCCGCUGCCAUGCCGCUGUCUUCGGCGCUCUACGGCUGGCUCCUGGGGGUCCACGCCACGCUCCACGUGCCCUUCGUCAAGAUCCUGGGCACGCUGCUCUUCAUCGCCAUCCCCAUCUCGCUGGGCGUGCUGGUCAAGCUGCGCCUGCCGGCCGUCUCCGGCGUGCUGCUCACCCUGAUCCGGCCCUUCAGCCUGGCGCUAAUGGUGGGCGGGGUCUUCGUGGCCUAUCGCACGGGCUCGUCUAUCCUGGCGCAGGUGCGGGCCCCGGUGGUGCUGGCGGGAGUGACGGUGCCCGUCUUCGGCUUGCUGGCGGGGCUGGGGCUGGCUCGGCUGGCCGGGCUGCCGCUGGCGCAGGGGAAGACGGUGGGCAUCGAGGUGGGCGUGCAGAACAGUCUCCUGGCGCUGGCCGUCAUGCAGCUGUCCUUCAAGCGGGCUGAGGCCGACUACGCCUCGCAGGCUCCCUUCAUCGUGGCCCUGAGCAGCACCUCGGAGAUGCUCCUGCUGGUCGUGGCUCACGCCGCCCAGCGCCGCCUGUGCCUCGCCAGCCCCUGACCGCGGCCCUCGCCCCCCCCCACCCCGCACCACACUGCCACCACCACGCUCCUGUCUUACUACCAAAGGCCUUCGCUUCCUCGGGCCACUUUGAGUUCAGCCUCUUUUUUAAAUCAGAUUUUAAUCGACGCGUAUUACGACGACAGUGUUUACGGAAGAUAUGAGAUAUUUUUCUAAGUAAUUUUGCGCUAUGUUCUUUUGUAAUCCAGACGGUUGGUUUGUAUCUUGUUUACAGCUGACGUGCGGCUGAGAUGUUGAUUGUCGAUGUGAUUGAAACUAUGGUGAUUAAAUGCUUUUUGACGAGUCAA